AAGUCGUUCUUAUUUCUUCUUCCUUCCCUUCAACGUCUACGUCCCUUCUCUUGCAAAGUUCCUGCGAAAGUCACAAUUAGAGAGAUUCCGGACAGAGAGAGAGAGCUUUGAAUACCUAGCUCCAAAAGCAAAGAAGAAAAACGACGACGAAUUUUCGAUUAGUCCGUUCAUGAUUUUAGUCUUCGUGGAUUUUGGGUGAAAUCUCAGAUUCUGGUUUCGCAAGCUCUGUAAGAUUGGGGUGAUUUUUGGUGCUGGUUCCGGCUAUGGAGUUUCUCGGAUUCAUAUAGCUUCUGGAAAUCUGAAAUUUCUGUGUCGCGGAGGGAAAAUGUCGACGAAGAUCAAAGGAGAGCAUCUUUCUUCUACAAGCUUCGUUUCGAAGAAAUGGGCUUUGCUUCUCUGCUUGGGCUGCUUCUGCGCCGGAAUGUUCUUUACCGAUAGGAUGUGGAAUGUUCCUGAACCCAAAGGCUUGGCUCGGCCAUCUGUAACAGAAGCUGAGAGAUUGAAGCUGAUCUCCGACGGCUGUGAUCCAAAAACUCUCUACCAGAAAGAAGUAAUGCGCGAUCCCCGGGCUUUAUUUGGAGAAGUUACCAAGACACAUAAUGCUAUACAAACCUUGGAUAAGACCAUCUCGAACUUGGAAAUGGAGUUAGCCGCAGCAAAGGCAGCUCAGGAGUCUUUACUAAACGGUGCUCCCAUAUCAGAUGAUAGAGGGAAGAAGCAAUCAUCGGGGAAAAGACGAUACCUGAUGGUUGUAGGGAUUAAUACAGCUUUUAGCAGCCGGAAAAGAAGAGAUUCUGUUCGAGCCACUUGGAUGCCUCAAGGUGAAAAACGAAAAAGGCUAGAAGAAGAGAAGGGAAUUAUCAUUCGGUUUGUCAUAGGUCACAGUGCCACGCCUGGGGGAAUUCUAGAUCGAGCUAUUGAAGCUGAGGACAGGAAGCAUGGAGAUUUUUUGAGACUGGAUCAUGUUGAAGGGUACCUCGAGUUGUCGGGAAAAACAAAGACAUACUUUGCUACAGCGGUUUCUAUGUGGGAUGCAGAUUUCUAUGUCAAAGUCGAUGAUGAUGUUCAUGUAAACAUUGCAACACUUGGGGAAACUCUCGUCAGACAUCGGAAAAAAUCUCGAGUCUAUAUUGGAUGCAUGAAGUCUGGUCCCGUCCUUUCCCAAAAAGGAGUGAGAUAUCAUGAACCCGAGUAUUGGAAAUUUGGUGAGGCUGGAAACAAGUAUUUCCGUCACGCUACUGGACAGCUAUAUGCCAUUUCAAGAGACUUGGCUUCCUACAUAUCGAUCAAUCAGCACGUUCUGCACAAGUAUGCUAAUGAAGAUGUAUCGCUGGGAGCAUGGUUUAUCGGCCUUGACGUCGAACACAUCGACGAUAGAAGGCUAUGCUGCGGUACUCCUCCUGAUUGUGAAUGGAAGGCACAGGCAGGGAAUAUAUGUGUAGCGUCAUUCGACUGGACCUGCAGUGGCAUUUGCAGAUCAGCCGACCGCAUCAAGGAGGUCCAUCGUCGCUGCGGUGAAGGCGAAACCGCUCUUUGGCGUUCCACGUUUUGAGAUACAGUUUCUUCUCUUCUUCUUGUUGCGGCAUUGGGAGGGUUGUAUGAAUAGUACAUAGGAGGAGGACAGCGAGGAGGAAUACGUUAUGGACUCCAUGGCGAUUGCGUUUGCGACCUGGAAAAGUGCGUUUCCGUUUUAGUCUUGAGGAAACCGGCCGCUACAGUGUGGACGCAAUGCUUCGUUUUUUUUUUGUUAUAUUCCUUUUUUCUUUUUCUGGUGCCUUGGAAGUGAAGCAACACGCGGAUUUACAAGGAAACGGCAGACUCUGUGCUCUGUUCUGUAUAUUCUUUGCAGCGAAAGAAAAUGUCUCUUUGACAAUAAAACGGGCAAAAAAAAAAUCUUUUUUUAUACAAUUAGGAGAAACCGUGUGUUGUGGU